CCAUUGCCUUUGCAAAGGUGAGUGGAUAUGGCAAUAACCAGCCUCACCCUCAAUAUGUGCAGCUUUCCUUGGCUUCAGACCUUAGCGCCACCGCCUCGCAUGAGGGUUUGUUGCUAUUCUUCUACUCAGCUCUCUGUUCACAAAACCUUGACACACAUUCACAGUUCUGGUGUCAUAGCUUGCCUUCGUGCCAAUAGCGCAGAGCUGGCACUGGAAGCUGCACGUGCUGCACUUAGUGGUGGCAUCUCAGUUCUAGAGAUUGUGAUGUCUACCCCAGGUGUAUUCGAGGUUCUUCAGCAGCUGGUGCAGGAGCAUCCUACUACAACCUUAGGAGUUGGGACUGUUUUAAAUGUUGAGGAUGCCAAAAAUGCAAUAAAUGCUGGAGCGAAAUUUCUGAUGAGUCCUGCAAUGGUGAAAGACAUUAUGGUUGAUGCCCAAUGUGGUGAAGUUUUGUACAUACCUGGAGUGAUGACCCCAACAGAAAUAUUGUCUGCAUAUGAUUCUGGUGCCAAAAUUGUCAAGGUUUAUCCCGUCUCUGUACUAGGUGGUAGUCGGUAUAUUUCUGCACUCAAGAGGCCUUUUCAUCACAUCUCAAUGGUUGCUUCUCAGGGCAUAACAAUAGAUUCAGUCAGAGAAUAUAUCACCCAAGGAGCAUCAGCAGUUGUAUUAUCUGAUGCCAUAUUUGAUAAGGAGGCAAUUAGUCAAAAUAAUUUCAAUGAAAUAUGUCGACUUGCACACUUUGCAGCUUUGCAAGGCAAUGAAGCAUUAUUAUGCUCCCUUUCCUUUUUGAUCCACCAAAAUAACAACAAAAAAGUCCCAUAAGGAAGAAAAGGAGCACGCUAAACUAAUUGCAUUACAAGUGCCCCAAAAGUUUCCUUUGCAUCUCCUACACCAGGGUUAAAGCAUCAG